AUGGGGACGCCGAGCAGCCCCGAGCAGGGGACCCCGUCGCCGCCGGUCCCGGAGUGCGACGCGGAGGUCCAGCCCCAAGAGGCCGCCCAGCCCCAGGGGCACCCCGAGGACUCCCGCGCGCAGGAGGCGCCCGAGGACCCGGUGGAGCUUCCGAGCCACCGAGGCGCCGAGCAGCAGGCGGACGAAGAGGAAGACGUGGGAGAAGGGAGCAGCACCGAGAGCAGCCGCGACGCGCCCGAGGCCACGCCUCCGGGACAGGUCCUCCCACCAGCCCCCUCAUCCACCCCUUUUGGGGACGGGGUGCGAGAGGCGGCGCGGCGGCUGCGAGGACAGCAGCUGGAGGCGCUGACGCGCGUGGCCCUGAUGGAGCAGCGAGUGAAAGAGCUGCAGCGCCAGAGGAAGGAGCUGAGGAUCGAGAUGGAGGUGGAGGUGGCCCUGCUGCGGGGUGAGCUGGCCGGGGAGCGAGUGGCCGCUCGGCGGGAGGAGGAGCAGCUGCGAGAGUUGCUGGGGCAGCCGGCGGCCGUGGAGCUGAGGCUGAGAACCUGGUUGUUCUUUCAGGAACAGAGGCGGCUAAGCCAGGAGCGGGAUCGCGUGGAAGGUCUGCGCCAGAGACUGCAGGAGGCUCAGGGACAGCUCGACUCACAGCCAGAGGACCAGCGCGAGAGGCUUCUGCAGGGAGUGCAGGAGAUAAGGGAACAGCUAGAUGUGGCCCAGCGUGCCUAUGAGGACCUGGAGUUCCAGCAACUGGAGCGGGAGAGCCGGCAGGAGGAGGAGGAUCGGGACAGCCCUGGGGCCCGGGCACCAGACCCCAAGGUCCAGGAACUUCAGGCCAGCGUGGCACAGCACAGGCGCCGCAUCCAGGUCCUAGAGGAGCAGCUCAAGUCGCUGGGGGAGCAGAUGGCGGCCGAGAGCCGGGGGCUGAACCAGAAGAAGGAGGAGGCUCUUCAGGCCCUGACGCAGGAACGGAGCCGACUGCUUGAGCUCAAUCGCCUGCAGGGGACACCUGGUGGGGACUUUUCUGAACCCAACCAGGCCCUCACUAAGCUGCUGUUCACCCAGAAGACAGACCGCCAGCUGCUGGUGCUCCAGGAUCCCGCUGCCCGAGCCCCUGCCACCUCUACCUCCUCCUGCCUCUUCUCCGUCCACAGCUCCCUGCAGGGCUCUAUUGGCCUCCAGAGGACCGGGAGCCUUCCCCGGAAAAGGGGAGAGAGGGCGAGCCAGAGAGGAUCCCCCCGACCUCUGUCCCUCCAUUGUACUGGACCCCUGGAGGCCUCAGCUCUCCCGCCACCAGUGGGGGACUCCAGCAGACACCCCCUCUACCAGCUACUGAACUAUGGCCCUGGGAAUAGCUGUGGGGCCCCCUACCCGGACAUCGCCCACAUGGAGAGGCUCCUGAAGCAGGCUGAUGUAGAAUCCCCCCCAAGCCCCACCUUAGCUGCCCCUUCUUUUCCUCCCCAGGCGCCGCCCGCACCCCCACCCCACCCUCUAGGCCCCCGCGUCUUGGAUCUCCGGCAGCACCUGGAACGCUGGGGCCACAGCCCGGAAAGCUGCCCGCAUGUGCGGGUGUCCGGGGGCUGCUGCCGCGGACCGCUGGUGAAGAUGGGCGGCCGCAUCAAGACCUGGAGGAAGCGAUGGUUCUGCUUUGACCGCCAAGCCCGCCGCCUGGCCUACUACGCGGACAAGGACGAGACCAAGCUCAAAGGUGUCAUCUACUUCCAGGCCAUAGAGGAAGUCUACUAUGACCACUUACGCUGUGCCUUCAAGAGCCCCAACCCCCGCCUGACGUUCUGCGUCAAAACCUACGAACGCCUGUUCUACAUGGUGGCCCCGAGCCCGGAAGCCAUGCGCAUCUGGAUGGACGUCAUCGUGACCGCAGCUGAUGAAAACCACGCCCCCUGAGCGCCCCGCCCUCUUGGGGGACGUCCCGGCGAGGCUCCGCCCUCGCACGCAGGCGGUGGCGUUCCGAGGCCCCGCCCACUGCCGGAAAACCUGGGCCCGCCCCUUUGGAACUCUCCCGGGAAUUCGGCAGGCGCUGCGGCUCGGCUGGCCUGAGCCCUGGCGUUCUAGGUGGCCGGUGUCUUUCCCCGACGGGAUCGCCGGCCCCUGAGGCCCUGCCCGGGGCAGGAGGAAGAUUGCAGGGGCGGGAAGGAACUAUUUAUUGGUGCUCCUGUGAUACCGAAUUAAAUACGGAGGGAAAACGGG